AUGAAGCUCUCUUCGCUGUUCCUAUCGGUUGCACUCGGUGGCUCCUCUAUUGGGGCCUCCGCGGCUUUGAAUAAACGGGAAUAUCGGCAAAUCCAGCUUACCAGCAGAGACGGCGAGAGGAUCAAGGUUGACGUUAUGUACGAGUCCAUGUGUCCCUUUUGUCAGCGCCUAAUCACAGAGCAGCUUUCGCGUAUCAUGAGAAGCGAUAUUGCUGAUUACAUCGACUUACGCUUGUAUCCAUACGGUAAUGCUGUCGAACGCGGCGGCGAAAUUAAAUGCCAGCAUGGGCCUGACGAGUGUCAUCUGAACAAGGUAUCAGCAUGUGCAAUCAGGGAGUUGCACAAGGAGCCCAAUCAAACCAUGGAUGUUUUAACAUGCAUCGAAAAUAUAAAAGGGGGCGCCGAUACAGAAUGGAGAGGAUGCCUCACCGAAGCCAGAGAAAAAAAGUCCGCGAUCCAAGAUUGCGUCACUUCCGCGAAAGGUGCACAGCUCAUGAAAGCUGUGAGCGCGUACUCCCAGACCGUUGGUUAUGAGUAUGUACCGUGGAUCGAAGUGGACGGUAAACACUCCAAGCAAGCUGAAGAGAAUCUAACCGAGUUUCUGUGCAAAAAAAUUGGCAAGAGGGGGCCACAUUUCUGCGCGAUGCUGUCCCUGCUGGACACGACGCACGUGCUUCAAGAUCAUCAGCGAUGCUUUAAGCAUUAA